CAGUCACCGCGCUUACUUCGUCGGCGACGAUCAUACUUGUCCACACCCCUCUCUCUCUCUCUCUCUCUCUCUUUCUCUAUUCUUCUCCCUAUUCUCUCUCUUCAUUUUGCCCUAACUUGGAUCAAACCCUAGUCCAGGUUACACUUUCAGACAAGAAAGAUAUCACUUUGCACUCCAUCGUCUGUGAUUCAUCAAUAGGGAAGGAAUUGUGGACAGACAGAGAAAUGGACGCCGUUCAUCCGCCUCAACAGAGAUCCGAUUCUACCGGAAGGGUACCAGCCGACAGAAUGGAGAUGAUCCGAAUUUAUCAGGCCUGGAAAGGCAGUAAUAGAUUCCUCGUGGGAGGAAGACUUGUAUUUGGACCAGACGCAAGAUCAAUCUUCAUGACAGUGUCUCUAAUAGUUAUCCCUAUUGCCAUCUUCUGUGUUUUCGUUGCCAGAAACCUUAAGGAUUAUUUCCCCCAUGAUACAGGAAUAAUCAUCAUGGUUUUACCAAUUGCCUUAACAUUUUGGGACUUAAUACUUCUUCUACUGACAUCUGCGAGAGAUCCUGGUAUAGUUCCUCGUAAUCUAUGUCCACCCGAGCCAGAACCUUGCGAAGCGAAUGCAGAAGCCUCGGCUAAUCAGGCAGUGCCAAUGCGGCUGCCUCGAGUGAAGGAAGUACAAGUGAAUGGGAUAAGUGUAAAGAUCAAAUAUUGUGACACUUGUAUGCUCUAUAGACCUCCUCGUUGCUCUCACUGUUCGAUAUGUAAUAAUUGCGUCGAAAGAUUCGAUCAUCACUGCCCUUGGGUUGGACAAUGCAUUGGACAGAGGAAUUAUCGGUUCUACUUCAUGUUUGUGUUGUCCACGACCCUUCUAUGCGUUUAUGUGUUUGCGUUUUGCUGGGUUUACAUCACGAGAAUUAUGAAUAGUAAGCAUAUAACCGUUUGGAAGGCGAUGGCGAAGACUCCUGCCUCUAUUGUGCUGAUAAUCUUCACCUUUCUCGCCUUCUGGUUUGUGGGUGGCCUCACUGUCUUCCAUCUUUACCUCAUCAGCACAAACCAGUCUACAUAUGAAAAUUUUAGAUACAGAUACGACAGACGUGCAAACCCGUAUAACAAAGGGCUGAUAAGAAACUUCGCAGAGAUAUUCUGCAGUAGAAUUCCUGCUUCGAAAAACAAAUUUAGGAGAAAGGUGGCUCGAGAGGCUGAAAUACGAUCAGGGUCAAUGAGUGGUAGCUUGGGGGGACCGUACAUGGGGAAAGCAACGGGCGAUGUGGAGAUGGGAGGAGGGAAAUUAGCUGUCUGGGAAGAUGGAAAUAGUAAACGGGAUGAUGAUGAUGAUCAUAAUGUUGAUCAUAAUGAGUUGGGGAGGUCUGUGAACAGGCGAGAGGAGGUUCGGGGGGCGAAUAAAGAGGAUUUGGCGAGUACGGCUUGGGGAAGAAGGAGAAGUGGGAGUUGGGGUGCGCCUGCUGUUGUUUCUUCUUCUACUUUUGCUGCGGAGGAUAUGAAUAGAAGAAGCAGGAGCACGGCUGAACGAUCGCGUGUGGACGAUGAGGAAUGUGUAUAAACUGAGAUAAAAAUAGAGUUCAAAUCCAAAAGGGAGAGGGGGUGUGAUCUCUAUAUAUCUAUCUCUUUUAAGAUUCAUAUCAUAUAUAUGAGAAUGAGACAAUCAAAUCAUGUUCAUAUUUCCAUGGCAAUCUUCUUAAUAGUAUAUGUAUUGAUUCUAGCCAUGGACAGUUAUCACUCACAGACAAACAGGUUGCUGCUGUUGCUUCAGCUGCUUCAGCUGCUUCCAUUUUCGAAACAAGUUCAAUUGUGCAUAAUAUACUCUAUUGCCAUAUCUUUGUAUUUGAACUCAAACUCACCAGGAUUUGUUGUUUGGACUUUAUAAUAUUUGACAAUAUACCAUCCUUUCAAUUUGUAUUA